UUAUCUGUGGGUCCAAGUGACACAUAAAUAAUGCUAAACGACAUUGAGCUGGAGGACCGUCUGCGGACCAGCGCGAGCUCUCUGGACCUCCUGAUCGGCGCCGACUCCCCCCAGCAGGCCGUGUGUGAGGGCUGCACACGGAUCAUCUCAGACCGCUUCCUGAUGCGGGUCAACGAUGCUUCCUGGCACGAGGAGUGCCUGCAGUGUGCCGCGUGCCACCGGCCGCUCACCUCCACCUGCUACUUCAGAGACACAAAACUCUACUGCAAGGCUGACUACCAGCAGUUGUUUGCCACCAAGUGCAGCGGCUGUCUGGAGAAGAUAGCACCCACAGAGUUUGUAAUGCGAGCUCUGGGGAGUGUUUACCACCUCAGCUGCUUCUGCUGCUGCGUCUGUGAGCGCCAGCUGUGCAAGGGAGACGAGUUUGUUCUGAAAGAAGGUCAGCUGCUCUGCAAGAGUGACUAUGAGAGGGAGAAGGACCUGCUCAGCACAGUCAGUCUAGACAACACGGACUCAGAUAAAAGUGAGGAUGAGAAUCUGGAUGUGAAGUCAGAGAAGUGUCCUGCAGCAGGGAAAGGCGGCGAUGACGGCAAAGACCCUCGGCGGCCCAAACGGCCACGCACCAUCCUCACCACCCAGCAGAGGAGAGCCUUCAAGGCCUCCUUCGAGGUCUCCUCCAAACCCUGCAGAAAGGUGAGAGAGACCCUGGCUGCAGAGACAGGACUCAGUGUUCGCGUGGUCCAGGUCUGGUUCCAGAACCAGAGGGCAAAGAUGAAGAAGUUAGCCCGCAGACAACAGCAACAGCAGGAGCAACACAACAGCCAAAGGCUAGGCCAAGAGGUGAUAUCAGGUUGUAUGGAGGGCCUGCUCAGCUCCUACUCAGGGCCUCUACCUCCAAACCAUCAUCAGCUGGUGACCAUGGAGCACAAUAGCUACAACGCUGACCCCUUCCAGCAGGGCCUCACUCCACCACAGAUGCCUGGUGACCAGCUGAACCCCUACGGUACAGACUCCAUCUUCCAUGACAUUGACAGUGACGCAUCACUGACAAGUCUAAGUGACUGCUUUAUGGCCACUCCAGAUGUAGGGUCCUUGCAGGCUCGAGCAGGGAACCCCAUUGACCGUCUGUACUCCAUGCAGAGCUCCUACUUUGCCUCCUGA